CUCAAUCCGAAUCCAGAAGAAAGACCAGAUAUUGUUGAGGUAAGAUGCUGUGCAGAAUCUUUACAGUGUCAAACAUUGCACUUAAGAGGAUCAAAAUAGUCUUUUUCAUUCUGGAAUGAGGCAAAUAUGUCUGAGACCUAUUCUUUAGCUCUCUUUACAGUGGCAAGAAGUUUAAAUGUUUAAAACAGCAAAUAUAUAAUUGAACUGACAUAUGUGAAAUGAAUCAUACCGGUAUUUUAAACUGCAGAUAAAGAUACGGAAGUAAACAUGAUCCUCGCAAUUAAAUGAACAACCUAGGUGGCUGAAAAAUAACUUUAAAAAAAACUCAGCCUGAAAUUUUGCAGGUUCUUUUUGUUAAACAUUAUUUUUUAACUUACGGAAAAAAGUUAUCCGUUAUCCUCCAUACAGACCAAAGUAUUGAUCUUGUUCUGAGAACCUGGCCGGAAUUUUCUCAGCCAAUCUCAAUGGUCAGAACACGUAGAAGCGAACUAAUUGAAAACGGCCAGUUCAAAAGUUAUUUAUUAGUAAAUUUAUUUGUUUAUUUACCUUUCAUUAGGUUGCUGCUAACAUCAGUGAGAUCAUGCUGGUUUAUGUGGACAAGCUGCGAUCAAAUGAGAUCAGUUUGGAAAAGAAAUUGGAGAGAGAAAGGAAAAGAACUCAAAGGUUGGCAUUAGUUCUUUCAUAGAAUUGUUAUUGGUUUGUUAUUUUAACUCUUGUAAGUGAUGGUUUAAAGUUGACAUUGUGCGAAUGCAGUGUUUAUCGAUAUACUGUAAAAUAAUUUAUUGAAUCCGAUUGGCUGAGAGCAAUAACACAGUGCAAAAAACGAAGAAAAAUGCGGUAAUGCAAAUAUCUCUGAGAAUGGAGCACUGUGACUGGCCAAUAAACAAUUCCAAUUAACAAGAAGAACCAAUCAGGUGCCGCAACUCAAGCGAGAUUUUCACAUGGUAUGAGCGGGCAGUUUCUAGUGUCUCGUGGGUGGCCGUUAUAAACAGGUUCCACAAGUUUAAUUUUGACUGGUAAAUUUUUCAUUUGAUUAUUGAGGGGUAAUCAUACGACUUUUGUUGUUCCAUUGGAAUGUAGUUGCGCUUUUGUGUUUUUCAACAAGCCUAAAUUGCACGAGCCCAAAAUUUUGAUAAGUUUUGAAAAACACACUCGUGUAAAUUAAUCCCUAAUUGAACUUGAAGUAGUACGAUUACCUAUAUGCUUAUUGGACACUCCCUAGACCAGCUAAAGGUGUUGCAGGUAAUCAUGGGAAUUCGCUUUGGUGGGCCAAAGAUAGGCGGAGAUAGGCCUAGUCGAAUGAUGGUGUUCUCUAUCAACCAAAAAAGAAAAAAGGUUUCGUUCGCGGAAAGUUAAUCGAUAAAUGUUCUUUCGGUUGCCUCCUUGUAACGCUAUAUUAACUCUAGCAAUGAGAAAAGAACUUGACCACGUGAGUUCACCUUUUUGGUUUGACAAACAAAGCCAUGUGACCUAAAUCGUAAACUUCUGAUGCCAAAAUCAACUGUGACGCGUAUCUUUGAAUUCGCGGUCUACCUGUUUUGGUGGUACUCUCACUAAACAACAGUUCGCUCUGUAAUAGCUGACCGUUUCAGUAACAAGGCUGUGAUCAAAUUUUGAGUUGUAGCACUCACCCUCUUUUUUUCAUUUCAGACAUUAUAUCGAGGCAACUCGCAACAUGCAAAACUAUCACCGUCUUUUCUAUGCUUCACAAGAACGCUACGACAAACUGGUGAACUUGUCAAGUAGUGGAGGUGCCGCUGGCUUUAGGACCGUGGACGCCACAGAAGGCAGUGAUACUGUGUUUGAAGCUGCAAACGCUUUAGCUGAACUGAACUCAAGCAAAAACGGCGUUCACAAGAAUGGAGAGACGGAAUAUACGCCUCAGGUGGAUUCUGGGAUUGAUGUUGGGGAUAUUCUUGCAAAUGGGAACCUGGGUUCUAGUGCCGUAACCGGAGAACAAAAUGGCGGCACAAAACCAGGCGGUAGCUCGUCGCCAGGCUCUACGAGGCGACAGAGAACGUUAAAGCCUGUUGUUGAUAAGUCUGGUAAAGGAACAGGUGAAAAAUUUACGAGUAACAGUAAGGAAAGAGAUAAGUCUUCGCAGAGCGUUAAAGGCGCAGAUAAAGCGUCAAAUGGUAGAACUAUUGUCGAUAAAACGAGCGCGAACACUUCCACUUCUAAUUCGCACGUUUUCACCGUACCCAAGCCGCCGGGUCCGCGAAAAGGCCCACGAAGGCAGCUCCACGUUGAAUUUGCUAGCAGCAGUAAGGCCGGCACAUCGAAUGGUACGAGCACCGGUGGCGUGACACAUGGUGUGACACCAACCGCGACUUCAGCGAGUGGUUUAAGUGAUAUUUCAUCCAGAAGGACACAAAGCAGGUUUGUUUGUAGUCUUCUUGCUAUCGGCAAGGUUAGGUUAAAAGAUUAAAGGUUUGUUCAUAUUGGAAAGUGCACUUAGCUUAUCCAGCUAGUUUACAGACACUCAACUCAAAUAAUUAGCAACAAAUAGUCCAAACAGGGCAUAACAGGAUUAAAAACCCCAACUGGCAGGAGGCAACCAGUUGGCUAUUUACAAGCGUGGCCAAGGAUUUGAACUCGGGACGACCGAGGACAAGUCCAGCAAGUGGUCAGAGCGGAACUCGUACCCAGGACCGCCGGAUUGCGAGUACAACGUUCUGAUCGCUUGGCCACGCUGCCUGCCUCUAAACAUUGUACAUCAAAAUUGGUGACAAAAGGCAAGGUGCUACAAUAGCUCUGCUAAAAGACAAACGAAAGCUCAUGAAUAAGAAAUUUUUCCUUUUCUCGGACUUCUUGUUUAAACGGUCUUAUUGUAUUCUAGAAACCUUGCCUUAAGGAAUUGCAAUCGUAAAUUUAAUGCGUGUUUUUAAAUGUCAUUCUUUUUAUGGCUGAUUUUUAGUUCCUCGGUUGAGAUGCAAAGACGUCAAGCUGGCGGCCAACUUAAAGCAAGACCACGUACGUUUAGUUUCUCUUCUAAACAAUUUAACACGUUGUUAGCUAGCUUCAGGGAUUAGCCAGACAAAAACACGCGGUGAAGCGUCAUGCUUUUACCACCACACUCCUGCUAUCCAGUGUCUUGGGAGGGGUAGAGAAGUACAAUCUUUUCUUCUAUCCCAAUAGUAGCCUAGUUGAUCCAGUGGUUAUGCUCCUUUAGAAUUAGGUGCAAAGGUUUCUUAAUUCUCUUGAGUAAUAAUAUGGUUUUAUUUUCAGCCACUGCUGCCGCCACUCUGAGUAUAUCUCCUCGUAAAGUUCGUCAAAUAAUCGAUCCCAUCUCACAGAUCCUCAAUCAACUUCAUAAAAUUAUCUUUAUAACGCAGGUAUGUCCACUUCAUUUAUUGAACGAGUUGAGAACAGAUAACCGCAAAGCAAAAAUGAAAAGCGAUUCAACAAUAAAACGUCCGGAAAAAAAUCUGAUUUCAACCGUUUUACUGGUCAUCAGAUGGUAUUACGUUUGAGACUGGCAAUGUUUCUUCUACACUUUUUCUUCAACACUUUCAAAGGAAAAGCAUCGCAGAAAUAUUCUACUUAGUCAGUACUGAGUAGAUUUCAACAAAGUUUAUACUCGUUAGAACUUUGUCCACAUUAAAACGAUUUCUAACGAAACUAUAUAUUUAAAAAUAAUAAAUAAAUUAAUUAAUUGAUUAAAGUAAUAAUGUAACUCUUUGUAUUAUAGUGUGGCAGCGCUGCCCUAGUUACAUUCUUGAACAAAAUAGGCGGAAUAUUAGUGGAAUAGAAUAGAAUAAUUUAUUUAAUGUCGAAGACGUGGGAAGUGUUUGCACAAUCCUUCUUCCCCCUCCCUCCUCCCCUUGAUCAGGGAUGGGAAAAGGGUGCGUUUUGGCCUUCGCGGGGUUGAUCUUUGUGUUUUUCGAGAAGGGGGUUUGCUUCAGUCCAUUUCAUUCCGUCCAAGAUUGUAUAGUUUACAGGCACUUAACGCAAUUUACGCAAGCAAGCAAGCAAGUUUAAUAACUCGUGAAUAACAGCAAGACAACUAAACGUAACAGGGUUAAAAACCGCAACUGGCAAGAAGCAAGCCUUUGGCUGUUACAAGCAUGACCGAGGGGUUGAACUCGGGCUUCUGUGGAAAAUUCGAACCCGGACAUUGCCGGAUUGUCAUUACGUCCCGUGUGUGUUUUUUUUAAUUUUAAACGCUUCGAAUUGUUGUUAUUUUCGUCUCUUACAGUUACCUCCAACAUUAUCACCGAAUCCUCAGAGAAGAAUCGUCGAACAGUUCAAAAGAGCGUUAUUUUCUCCUCAAAACAGCUAUUUUGUCAAUCUCAAAAGCGAAGUAAAAAAGGUAAGC